AUGUGGGCUGUGCCAGGUGGUUCAAAUUCCUUGUCUAGGAGGGUAUUCUCAACCUUCCGAGCCCUGCAACAUGACAAUCCCCUGGGUCUCCCACGUUCUGGAACGCCGCCGUCAUUUCCUCGUCGUCGUGGAGUCCCGGAGAAGCGCAAAAUCCGAGACGUCAAGAAAGUGGUUGCAGUUUCAUCAGCGAAGGGUGGAGUUGGCAAAUCAACAGUUGCUGUAAACCUCGCCCUCUCCUUUGCUCGACGAGGUAUCAAGGCUGGUAUUCUCGACACCGAUAUCUUUGGCCCGUCUAUUCCAACAUUACUGAACCUCUCCGGCGAGCCUCGACUUGAUGAACACAAUUGCCUUGUCCCGCUCACAAAUUACGGACUUAAGUCUAUGUCGAUGGGUUAUCUGCUACCACAGACUCAGGCAGACAGUACCACAGGCGAAGUCCCCAUGGACACAACUCCGAUUUCGUGGCGCGGUCUCAUGGUGACCAAAGCCAUGCACCAGCUUCUCCAUUCGGUGUCAUGGGGACCAUUGGAUGUACUCGUGUUAGAUCUUCCGCCGGGCACUGGAGACGUGCAAUUGACCAUCAACCAAGAAAUCAUCAUCGACGGCGCAGUGAUUGUGACAACGCCCCAAGAUAUUGCCCUGCGCGAUGCCGUACGCGGCAUUGGCAUGUUCCAACGAAUGGAUGUUCCAGUCCUCGGUAUGGUCCGCAAUAUGGCCUACUUUGCUUGCCCCAACUGCGGACAUCAAACCCAGAUCUUCUCCCAUGGCGAUAGCGAUCACUCAUGUGGCGAGGACCGUGGUGUGAUGGCGCAGUGCAAGCGCCUGGGUGUCGACUUCCUGGGAGAUAUUCCUCUCGAUGCACGGGUGUGCGAAGAUGCUGACCGCGGUAUGCCGACCGUCGUGGCGGAGGAGACCGCAGAGCGUAGUGCCAGACGUCAAGCUUUCCUCGCCGUUGCUGAGCAAGUCGCUAAAAAGAUUGGCCUGGACUGGCACUGA